AUGAUGCGUUUCCGAGUCCUCCUCCUGCUUCUCGGCGCCUUAGUGGCGCUGGCCGCCGCGGAAUCGGCUCCGACCUUUUGCAAAUGCACCUGCUUCACAAAUAGCACAAUCGUGCGCCUUGGCCCCAAGGAUUCGGCGUCUUCUUCUCCCGCUGACCCUUCCACCAAUACACAAUCUCUCUUCCGCUCGCUGAAUCCCUUCACCGCCGAACCACCGCCGUCUAUUUCGAAACGAGCGGCUUCAAGCUCAUGCGCACAGUGUACCCGCGCCUUCUGUCUAGCUUACAAUUUGCCCAUCUGCAAGAACGCAGAGGAGAAGGACGUGGUCACCAUGUGCUUUCAGCGAGACUCGCGCAAGGAUAUGAUUAUCGUCUGGGCUUUCAUUGUAGGCACGCUGGGGUUAUUAGGAUGGGCCGGCGUCAAGAGGGCCGUAGAAUUUCGGGAAGGGAAAAAGGCUGCGGCAGCGAGUGGCAGGAUCGGUCUACCAAGCAGAGCUGAUCGUGGAAGUUAUGCGCCAGUCGGAGCUACAGGUGGGAGAUGA